GGAAAAGGAAGUAGCGGUGCGCUGGAGCGCCAGCGGUGACCGCGACGACAGCGGUGACCGGGCGAGGAGAAGGCAGCAGCGGGUUGCCGAUUAGAGGCGGGGCCGCCUCCUCGGAGCGGCUUGGGACGAGAGUCAGAAUUGCUUGGAUUCAGCACCGCUUCCAGCCAUGGGUUUGUCUGCAUCUACCCCUGCUGUUGCAGUUCAGACCUCAAAUGCUUCAAAUCGUCAGACAGCAUCCCCGCCUUCAGGAUGUCCCAUGCAUGAAGGGAAAGUGAAAGGCUGUCCAGUGAGCGCAGAGCCAUCUGACCCAACUUGUGAGAACAAAAUGAACUCUGUGCCUGCCCACCAAGAUCGUGCAUAUGAGUACGUGGAAUGUCCUGUUAUGGGAGCUAUGGCUGAGAAUAAGGAGAACCUAGAUCCUUCUAAUCUGAUGCCACCACCGAAUCAGAUGCCGGCCCCUGACCAGCCAUUUGCACUAUCUACUGUGAGAGAGGAAUCAUCCAUUCCGAGAGCAGAUUCAGAGAAAAAGUGGGUCUAUCCUUCCGAACAGAUGUUCUGGAAUGCAAUGUUACGGAAAGGGUGGAAGUGGAAGGAUGACGAUAUUAGUCAGAAAGAUAUGUAUAACAUCAUCAGAAUUCACAAUCAGAAUAACGAACAAGCCUGGAAGGAGAUUUUGAAGUGGGAAGCCCUUCAUGCUGCGGAGUGUCCCUGUGGUCCAUCAUUGAUCCGGUUCGGAGGUAAAGCGAAAGAGUACUCGCCGAGGGCAAGAAUUCGUUCCUGGAUGGGGUAUGAGCUGCCUUUCGACAGGCACGAUUGGAUCAUCAACCGUUGUGGGACUGAAGUCAGGUACGUCAUCGACUACUACGACGGUGGCGAAGUCAACCAGGACUACCAGUUCACCAUCCUGGACGUCCGGCCCGCCCUGGAUUCCUUUUCGGCCGUGUGGGACAGAAUGAAGGUUGCGUGGUGGCGCUGGACUUCCUAACCAUUGCUUUGUUAGACAUGGGAAAAUAGAAACUAUUUUUUUUUUCUGAGCAAUACAUUAAACUAUUUUCCCCAAACUGAAUUGCUCUCCUGGUGUAAUGGGAAUGUCAAGUGGGUACUGACACCAUACACUUCACGUAGGGAGGGUUCCCUACACCGUGUUCAUUUGUUUUUACCUUGCACAGUUUUUAGCAGGUCGUUGGAGGUUUCCUUCCAACUUGGCUUAAGUGGGAAACAGUCCCUUGGUUUUUCUUUUAGCUGCAGUAUUGCCAAUGUAUUUAAUCUAGAAAAGUAAAGGUGUGAAAAAAUUUUUUCCUUAUAAUGUGAAGAGAGCUACUUUUUUCUUUACUAUUUCUCAGGAAUACUUGAGAUGUAGGCCUGAAAGCCCGUGUUAUGCUGAGGAGUUUUUAUCUGGCCAAAUAUUUGAACUAGUGCUAUUCAUCAUAGAGAUGUAGUUCUGCCUUUGAAAAAGUUACACCAGCAUUUUCAUUGACCCCACAGGGACAGUACUCCCUUAAAAGAAUGCAGAGGAAGAUGCUGGAAAUGUACUCGGCAAAACUAAGGCAUCUUGGCUCUGGAUUCUCCAUUGUGAGAAUUUUUUAGGCUGGACCUUGUUAUAGGACAGUUUCACCUGCCCCGUAAUUUGAGGAUGCACGUGCACUGGAAUAGAGGUUUUCACUUCUUACAGAUUUUCACUUUAAUUCCGACUGUCCCGAUAUAGAACUCUGCUCCCAGUAAGCACGUCUUCUAGCCUGUGGCAUUGGCCAGUUUAUCCCAGCUCUGAGUCCUGCUUCUCCUGCCUGAAGCACUCCUCCAGUCAGCAUAGCCAGAACCUUGAAGGUUUGGUGCAAGUCCCGGCACCAGGAUGGUCCCUCUCCAAAAUACGAUUCUAUUUUGUCGAGUGUUAGAAUUCACAAGAAGAGUAUUUUUUCCCAGAUGCAGGAAGUUUGCAUCAACUCAGUCUCUGUGCAGACUUGUUUUUAAGGGAGCUCUAAGUUUGCCGUUGAAACUCUCCCUACCAGCGAUCCAUAAAUUGGUUCUGCUUAGAGCAGCAUGUUACAAAUGAGUGUUGGCUUUUUUUUCUUAAGUGUUGAUCCCAUGAAUUCUGUUGAUUUCCCUGGAGUCUAUCCUUAAGUUAGGAGAAGGAACUGGAAGGCGGGAGUGAUUCAUUUGAUAUUGAUUUCUUUGUUGUGCCAGUUUUCUGUGGUGUUUUUGAAAUCCAACAACUUGAAACUCUUCUACAUGUCAAAAUAUUUGUAUAUUUUAAAAUAAAAUAAAGCUGAUAGUUAACAGGU